CCCACUGGUUUUUAGAUCCUUUCACACAGCGAGGAUUAAACCUGCUAAUAAUCCAUGGCUAACAAAAUACGUGGCUGAGCUGGAUUUUCACCUGCGAAUGAGAGGCAAGGAGUCGGACAGCAGUGUGCUGGACCAUGUAAUGUGGCAGAGGGGUUCAAAUGGAGGGGACAGUCAUGACAGAAGGACCGGAGAAGCCACAGAGGCGGGUGAGGUUCCGGGUGGCUUCAGGGAACAGCGGCCGGGUGCUGAAGGAGAUGUUUAAGGAUGAGGUGCCCUCGGACUCCCUGGAUUCAGACUGCACCAGCAGCUCGGACGCUGAUCGGGCCAGCACCCCUUCAACCACUGGAGAGAUUCACGGGAACCUUUACGGAUACCUGGGCUCAGAGCUGGAUGACAAUGAGAGUGAGCCCGAUGAGCUGCUCCUGUAUGCGGGGGCCACCAAGGAUUGGAUGUUCACCACCAAGAGGGUCAACAUUCUAAGCAAGAACGGGACGAUCCGAGGGGUCAAGCACAAAGUCAGCGCAGGUCAAGCACUCUUUGAGAACCUUCCUAACGGUAUGCACUUACCACUGGAGUUUGGACGUAUAGUGAUCUACACCACCAGUUUCCGUGUGGUGAGGAUUACUUUCGAGCGAUGCGAGCUGGUCAGGAAGAUCUUCCAGAACCACAGGGUGAAGUUUGUGGAGAAGAACAUUGCUCUGGACAGCGAGUACGGGAAGGAGCUGGAGGAGCGGUGCAGACGUGUGGGGGAAGCCCCCUCACUGCCAGUAGUGUUCAUUGACGGACACUUCCUUGGGGGUGCUGAGAAAAUACUUGGCAUGAACGAAUCAGGAGAGCUGCAAGAUCUACUGACUAAAAUCGAGAGGGUUCAGCUUCCCCAGACGUGCCAGACCUGCGGAGGCUUCGCCUUCAUCCCCUGCUCAAUGUGCCAUGGCAGCAAGAUGUCUGUGUUUCGCAACUGCUUCACAGACUCCUUCAAAGCCCUCAAGUGCACUUCCUGCAACGAGAACGGCCUGCAGCCCUGUGUGAGCUGCAGCCAGUGAGGAUGCUGUGUGCCUGGACCUAAAAACAGGAACCUGACAUGGACCAGAACAAGGACAGUGAAACACACCACAGCAGGAAUCUUUCUCCACGGCCAUCAUCAUGACAAAAAUGGACAUUUCUAAUAAAAUCUGUCAACUUUC